AUGAUUAAACAACAGCAACCACAGCAACUUAAGGUACAAAGCACCCAGGUCCCUCAGACCAUUACAUACGCCAUAUAUGCAUAUAAUUCAAAGACGGCAGAACAAACGCAAAGGUUGAAAUAUGGAGAUUUGGAGAUAGUAUUGAAAAAUGACCAUUUCGAAUUCGUUUGCAAGGGUGGUGCAGUGAUAUCAAAUAUAAAAGAAAUUUUAUUUAUGAAUUCAAAAAUUAAAGGUAUAACGGAUGAUAUAACAUCAAUUCCACCAGAAGAACAGAGAUAUUACGCAUUAAAUGCAUUUCCUAAAGUUUUGAAGAUUGGAAGAUUUAAUUUAAAUGAGGAAUUCAUAAAAGGUUUCCUAAAUGACAUAAUGAAGAAAGCGGAUAAGGAAUGUGUUGCUGCUGCGUUAGAGAAGAAAGCGGAUAAGGAAUGUGUUGCUGCUGCGUUAGAGAAGAAAGCGGAUAAGGAAUAUGUUAACGCUGAAUUAAAACAAUCAGAGGUCUAUUUUACUCCUCCAUUUUUAAAUUUUAUGAAAUCAUCAGAUAAAACCUUUGAUAUAGAUUCUUUUGAAUGGAUAUGUUUCGAUGGAGUGACCAUGUAUUUAUUUUAUACAGAUGGAGUGCUUUAUUAUUUUAAAACAAAUGAUUUUCAAAACUAUGAAUCAUUUACUCCAUCUGUUUUGAAUCCUGAUACACGAAAGCCAAUCAUUAAUCCAAGAAUUUUAUAUGUUGAAUAUAAUAACGGUAAAUUUAUGGGAAUGAUAACGGUUGAAGAUGAUUUUUGCCCUUGUUAUUCAUUCGAUUGUAUCCAAUGGUUCAAAUGUAAUUUAAAUCAAGAUGCUAAAUUUAAAUAUCCAAAUAAUCCUAUUAGAUGUGUUAAUAAUAAAUGGGUACUAAUUUAUGAAGUCAAUCAAAUUUUCAUUAGUGAGGAUGGGAUAAAUUAUUAUAUGUUUAGUAUGAUGUCAUCAGAUUUGAAAAUUGAUUAUACAAGUAAGUGGUAUUACAUUAACAACAUGUAUUUUAUCCUACAAAAUGAUAAAAUUUAUAGAUCAUCUUCAAUAUCACAAG